AGCUACAAUGGCUGAAACUAUGGACCCGCUGGCUCCGAGUGUCAACUCGUCUUCCCGACCCUCGGGUCUGAUGAAUAAGCUGCGAUUGAGGUUCGGCAGAUUGCCGGCUGGGAGAGCUCCAGGAGAAGGAUAUGUGGAAUUCGGAGAGUUCCGCGCAGAACGAACUGCUAUCAAGAAAGUGGGCACCUUCGCUGGAGUCUUCUGUCCCGUCGUGCUGUCCAUGUUUAGUGCUCUCAUUUUUAUUCGAAUGGGUUACCUAGUGGGCAAUGCAGGUCUAUUAGUGACUCUAGCACAAUUCGGAAUGGCCUAUUUAAUAGUGCUCUUUACUGUGAUGUCAAUUUGUGCUAUCUCCACCAAUGGUGCUGUUGAAGGCGGAGGAGUUUACUUUAUGAUAAGCCGAACUCUGGGUCCAGAGUUUGGUGGUGCUAUCGGGACAUUGUUCUUCUUCGCCAAUGUUGCGUCGAGUGCUCUUUGCAUCUCCGCGUGUACUGAAGCUCUUGUUGAGAACUUUGGAUCCAAUGGAUAUCUGGUCCCAAAUAGCCAAGGAAUUCCAGAUGGAUGGUGGUACCGUUUCCUUUACCGUUCCAUUCUUAACGCGGCUGGUCUUGCAGUAUCUUUAGCUGGAGCCUCACUCUUCGCAAGAACCAGUCUGGCGAUAUGGGUCACCAUGCUUGUGUGUCUGAGUAGCGCGUUCGUCAGUUUCUUUGUGGCGCCAUCUCAGGAGAUUCCAAAACCAGAUACAAAUCAGUUGACCAACCAAACAUUCUUCAACUAUACAGGCCUUUCAUCUAAAACAUUCUACGAAAAUUUAUAUCAGGACUAUGGCAGAGACUAUACAACAAAUACAGGACAAAUGGUUGAUUUUGCUUCAGUAUUUGGAGUGUUGUUUACGGGAGUCACUGGAGUUAUGGCUGGCGCUAAUAUGAGUGGUGAACUAAAGAACCCAGGCCGUAGUAUACCCGUAGGCACCCUGACAGCCUUGCUCUUCACUGCAUUAUCAUAUGUAGCUCUGAGCUUCCUUACCGCUUCAACUUGUUCCCGAGACCUGCUUAGAAAUAACUACGUGUAUUUACUGCCUAUUAAUGUGUGGCCACCUUUUAUUGCUGUUGGGAUGCUGAUGGCUACAUUUUCAGCAGGUUUAUCAAAUUUGAUUGGUGCGUCAAGAGUUUUGGAGGCUUUAGCUAAAGAUAACAUAUUUGGUAUACUGCUACGCCCCAUGGUUACUCGUUCCGGCAACCCAGUAUUGGCUGUAAUAGCAUCCUGGCUGCUGGUUCAGAUCGGCAUUAUGGCCGGCUCGCUGAACGCAAUUGCACAAGUCAACUCCGUCCUGUUCAUGACCAGCUACUUCGCUAUCAAUCUGGCUUGUCUAGGACUUGAUUUGGCAUCUGCCCCUAAUUUCAGACCGUCGUUCAAGCACUUUAACUGGAUGACCUCCCUGCUGGGCCUGCUGGGCUGCUUCGCGCUGAUGUUCGCGCUGCGGCCCGCGUACGCCAGCGGCGCGGCGCUGGCCUGCUGCUCGCUGGUCGUGGCGCUGCACCUGCUGUCCCCCGCCGCCGCCGAGCCCAAGUGGGGCAGCCUCAGUCAGGCCCUCAUCUUCCACCAGGUCCGUAAAUAUCUGCUUCUCCUGGAUCCCCGACGAGAGCACGUGAAGUUUUGGCGGCCGCAGAUGUUAUUGCUCAUCGCUUCGCCCCGGCAGGCCGCGCCAUUGAUCGACUUCGUUAAUGACCAGAAGAAGGGUGGUCUUUUCGUAAUAGGCCACGUAAGAGUGGGCCAGCUGGAUGGCUCUGGUGACCCUCUCGCUGCUGAACACAAAUACUGGCUGAAGCUUAUUGACCACCUAAAGGUAAAAGCCUUCGUAGAACUGUGUUUGGCAGAAUCAGUUCGCAGCGGUGCAGCCCAUCUCACAAGAUUAUCUGGACUCGGAGCCAUGAAGCCCGAUACGGUCUUACUCGGCUUCAGGGACACUGCACCGCCCAGGGACUUCUUUAGAGACUCCGUCUCGCCCUACAAAACGGACUCGUUUGACCUGGAGUCGGGCGAUGUUCUGUUCCCGACGCGUCGCGCCAAUGACGCUCGCAUCUCCGCAUUGGAGUACGUCAGGAUAAUUUCCGACGUUCUGUGCGUCAAUAAGAACGUGUGCCUGUGUCGGCACUUUCAUAAUUUGGACAUGGCUGCCGUGGAGAGGAGGAGCGCGGCGCUGAAGUACAUCGACGUGUGGCUGGUGGAGCUGGCGCGGCCCUCGCGCGAGGAGGCCUUCACGGUGCGCGGGCUGUUCGCGCUGCAGCUGGCCGCCGUGGUGCGCUCGGCGCGCGGCUGGCAGCACCUGCGCCUGCGCGUGCACGCCGUGCACGCCGCGCCCGCCGCCCCCGCCGCCCCCGCCGAGCCCCCCUCGCCCACCUCGCUGCACGAAGCCGGUCGUACGGUGUCAGUGGGCAUGGACUCAGAUGUGGACCCUCGGAUAGAGGACCUGGCGGCCGGAAAACCUGUCCAGGAGCGAUUGGAGGAGUUGCUUAAAUUGUUGAGGAUCAACGCUACUACUCAUAGCGUGACGGAGUGGCCUGUGCUAGAGGAGUCAAGAUGGCCGUCGGACAGCGACGAUGCAACCAGCAUAUACCAGAGAAUGCCUCUUAGUUACGUGCAGACUGUAAACAAUAUAAUCAAAAGACGAUGUCAAGAAGGCACUGCUGUGACGUUCGUACAGCUGCCUCCGCCACCGAAGUUGUCGCCCACUAUGACGUCAGAUGACCAGGCCAUCAGUGAACAGUAUCUUAAGGUUUUAGACGAGUUUACGAAAGAUCUUUCGCCAACGAUUUUAGUAAGAGGACUGAAGUCUGUGACGUCUACAGCGUUGUAGCUAUAAGUAAAUGAUCAAGAUACUAUUGUUUUCGCUGUAAUAACGCAGUAGAAAACCUAAAAUGACUAAUUAUAUGGCUUUAAUCACAUCAUAAUGCAGUAUUGCUACCAUUGUUGGUAAACUGACAGAUAAUAAGUAAAAAAAUAUGGUGUAAAUGGCAACACUGAAUCGGAAAGAUUGGUUUCCAGUGUCACCCUGGAAGUACUGCCACCGUAACUUUUUUUUAUUUAAAAACAAGUGCACAUUUGACAUUUUGAAAGUGACAAUGAAAUCGACGAUGGAGUAUACACUCCUAAAUAAUGCCUUUUCACUCUCGCCAAGCCCUCAGCUCAAGGCCCAAGUUAUACCGUUCAGGAAACAAGUUUAAAGGGAAUUCCACUUCAUAAACAUUCGCCAUAUAAAUGUGAAAGCGAAGCGUUUCGUGCAAAUCCUUGGAAUAUUCACAAGAUGGGGUGGAACCGCAGCCUACGUCUAGUCCCUCGAUGAUCGCGAAGGUGACGGCAAAAUUCAAUCGUGCAAUUCCCUCGCACAUUCUCCGUGAUUUAUCCUGGAGAAUACCGAUAAGCAGACACCUUUACGGCGUUGUUCAAGGCUUUGCGGCUUCACAUCCACUGCUUCCGAGUCGCCUAUAAGCCUCUUGAGCAGCUUUUCAACUGAAUCCAAGAUUCUUGUACAUUAGUUUUUCUUUCUCCAUUAG